GAAUGCUUGUGAGGAUCUGUUGGGUCUCUGUUGCUGCUGCUUCCCAGGCGCUCCCAGAGCAUGGACUGUUAAAGUCGGUCAUUUCUACUGUGUGAGCUAAAUCUUCAACACCGAAAUGGGGAAACAGAACAGUAAGCUGCGUCCUGAGGUCAUGCAGGAUUUGCUAGAAAGCACAGACUUUACAGAGCAUGAAAUCCAGGAAUGGUACAAAGGCUUCUUGAGAGACUGCCCGAGCGGGCAUUUGUCAAUGGAGGAAUUUAAGAAAAUCUAUGGGAACUUUUUCCCUUAUGGGGACGCUUCCAAAUUCGCCGAGCACGUAUUCCGCACUUUUGAUGCCAACGGGGAUGGAACAAUAGACUUCAGAGAAUUCAUCAUAGCCCUGAGUGUGACGUCACGAGGGAAACUGGAACAGAAACUGAAGUGGGCCUUCAGCAUGUAUGACCUGGAUGGGAAUGGCUACAUCAGUAAAUCAGAAAUGCUGGAGAUUGUGCAGGCAAUCUAUAAGAUGGUUUCCUCGGUAAUGAAGAUGCCGGAAGAUGAAUCCACCCCAGAGAAAAGGACAGAGAAAAUCUUCCGCCAGAUGGAUACCAAUCGAGACGGAAAACUCUCCCUGGAAGAAUUCAUCCGAGGAGCCAAGAGUGAUCCGUCGAUAGUCCGACUCCUGCAGUGUGAUCCCAGCAGCGCUGGCCAGUUCUGAACACCCCCCUUGUUUGGAUGAAGUGUAGUGCUGCUUAUUUUGGGUUUUUUAUUAUUAUUAUUAAUGUUAAUUUUUUUGCCAAACAACAUUCAUGGUGAUGUUGCCGCUGUAUGGCCCAAUAUGCCUUCUUCUGUGGCAUCUGUUAGCUUCUUUCCUCGUGGAUGUGAUUACGAGAAUGCUGAAUGUUCUGAUCAGCUUGUCGAUAGCACGGACAGUGCUGUUUUACACGGACAUUGUGGCGUUCGUGGUUUUAGAGUUUUUUUGGUUUGGGUUAUUUUGUGUGGGGGGAGGAAGGGGGUGGUUAAUGUAUCUGUUUUCAAAGCUAGCGAUCGGCAGUGAUGAAAGAGUGAAAUGCGCAGAUUCUGACAUGACUUUAGGCAGCUGUGUGACUCUCCCUGAUGUGUCUGACGUACACUCAGUAAAGGUUAAAAGGGCAAAUAUCUUGGGUUCUGUUGCCCCAGAGCAUGGGGUUAUAGUCCAUAGGCAUAUGUUGUCCUCCACUACAGGCCUGGAAAAUUCCCCGGCGGUGACCCCAUUUGAUCCCCAAGCCAAUUUCAGGCUGCUAUUUCUAAGCUGUGAACAUUUCAAAGGUGAAUAGAGAAGAGGGAAAAAAACUCCCCCCCAAAACAGCUAUUUUGGGCAGGUUUAUACCAGUCCACUUAACGUUAAAAGUGAAAUCUGAAAUCCUUGUAUACUGUAUAUUGCAAGUCAGACCCUCCCUGAUAACCUCAGCUCUAAGGAAAGACGUGCAGAAAACGAUGAUUGUUGAGGGCUAAAUGUCCAACUCAUUUAAGGGAGAUGUGUGUCCAAGGUGAAAUCCUGGAGAUCGUACUGAUGCAGUGUUACAACCGAGGACUGUUUCCUUAGCUUAUCGUAAGGGAGACUAGCUCAUUGUGGGCAGGUAAUGUAUCUGCUUAUUGUUAUAUCGUACUCUCCCAAGCACUUAGUACAGUGGUCUUCACACAAUAAGCGCUCAAUAAAUGUGAUCGAAUGAAUGAUUGAAUGAACAAUGAAUGUUCCUGCCUUGCUUGCAAGUACAAUUCUCUGUUUGCACAAAUGUCCCAACCGGUAGGUGUAUGUAUAUUCUGUACUGAAUGAAAAAGAAAUGCAACUGGCGCCCAAAGCUUCGCUCAGGUCCAUAUUCUCAUAGCAUUCCAGGGGCAGGAUUGACAGGGCAAGGAGCGGUCACAUUCUUUGACCGUGUCAUUGUUACAGUGGUGUAGAGGUUGUACCUUGUCGACUCCUUUAGCUUUCUGGCGACUGUUCAAAUGCAAGGCGAUAGUGUGCCGGACUCAGGCGGUGUGAGCCGCAAACUUCUGGAUCUUCCCAAACAAGCCACAGUCUGAUGUAGGGCAGGAUGUUUAGAUCAAUGGGUUUUUUUUUUUUAAUUUUUUUUCAUUUCCCAAGUGGCCCCAGAAGUGUCUAUAAAGGUUCCGAUGGUCGCUACUGGCAUUGUUGGGAGUGGGAGCAGCGUGAGUUUUUUUGUUUUGUUUUUUAAAUGAGGAAUUGGAAAGGUCUAUCACUGUCCCAAAGGCCUCGGAUGGUGGUGAGUGGUGGACAUGGCAGGGUCUAGCUAAGAUCUUCUUGCAUGAUUGAAGGUGAAUUUUUGCCCCUGUAGGGGAGGGCUCACUGACUCAGAAAUGGAUGUUGUAUUGCAGCUGAAGCUCUGCAUUUCAAAUUGGUGACCGUCUAAUAACGAUACUAAUUAUUAGUGUGCAAUUUAAGUGUUUACUAUGUGCCAAGUGCUGUGCUAAAUGCUGGGGUACAUGUCAUCAGAGCAGCUGCAGUCCU